UCUUCUGGUAUGUGUUGUCGGGGUCAACCCUUAUUACCUGCACCAGUCCAGACGCCGUCACGACUGGCAAACGUAAGUUAUUUAACUGUGCAAAGAGCCUGUCCACGCUGGCUAGUGCGACAGAACGAGAUCCGAAUAGCAGCCCAACGGCAUCAACUGAUUCGGUUGCACCAAGAGCAGCGCCAAAUUCAGCAACAACAGCGACAAGCAAAAGAAGAGCAGUCGGGAAGACAAAGAAAGAAGUGCAAAGAGAAAAAUCAGAAAGUUGAUAAUGCAGCAAAAAUUAAUUGCACGCCAUGCAACAUUAGUGCUACUCAUAAUGGCCCCUUGGAAGAAGUUUCGCCUUGGUUGGAGAGAGUCGUCUUCCAGGUGUGGGACUUUGAUGCACCAUCCUUUUCUGUGCCUUCCUCUAGAGGGCCUUGUUCCUCAUCGUCUCCACUCUUUCCUCGCCAUAACCCUGAUGCCCUAUUGCCUUGCAGAUCUUCUCUUGAUAUACCAUAUUCAGGGAUACCACGUAGUGACUAUAUGUUGGAUAGUCUACACUCAGGAGUACAUACUUCACUUAAUCAACAGCUGUGUCAACACCCUUGUCGUCAUGAUCAAUCAUAUAUGGACGUUGGUAGAUACGACCCCUCUUUAAGCCUAUCCCCACAAGAUGGAGUUGAGCCUGGAGAGGCCACUGGAGCCAAAAUGGUCGAGCUCAAUUCUAACUGUGCAGGCGGUGAAGGGGAAAGAAAUCGUUCAAGACAGUCUGCCAACUCUACCGUCGUAGCUGACAGAAAAAGAGCUUCCGGGUAUUUAUUCUAA